GAGCUGCUGACCAGGGUGGACGAGUUCGUGGGCAUGCUGGACAUGCUGCGCGGCGACUCGUCCCACGUGGUCAGCGAGGGCGUGCCGCGCAUCCACGCCAAGGCCACGGAGAUGCGGCAGGUGUACGGCAAGAUCGACCGGCUGGAGGCCUUCGUGGGCAUGAUCGGCGCCAGCGUGGCCCGGAUGGAGGAGCAGGUCGCCAGGGCGGAGGCGGAGCUGGGCUCCUUCCCCAGC